UCCGUCGGUUCAUACUCGGCUCCAGCUGAUCUCUCUUGAAGACGUUUGUAUUACUUUCUCUCAUCGUAUUCCUAAACAAUGUCUUACUCUGCAUCAAAUCUGCUGGUGUUGGCUGCCACGCUGAUCACCAUCACUGCGCCCUCACAAUUAUGCUCGGCCCAUCCUGUAGUGCAAGAUGUGACGUCACAAGACCAGGCAAGCAGCUCAAGCAUAUCAGGUCUUUCGUGUACGAGUUCUCCACUGGGGAUGGCCAGUGGGGCCAUCCCUGAUUCCAGCCUGACGGCGUCAGACUCAUACGACUGGCGUUAUCUCCCAAGCAAGGCCCGACUGAAUGGUACUGGUUGGUGGGCAUGCCCGAAUGGAAAGCCCGAGGGUCAAUGGAUCCAGGUAGACCUUGGUCAGUACACGGCCAUCACGGGGGUCAUCGUACAGGGACACAGAAGUUAUUAUAUCCGAACCUUCGCUGUAAACUACAGUAAUACGGGCGAGUCCAAUGAUUGGCAGAAACUAACUGACAGAGGACAGACCGUACAGUUGAAUGGGAGCAAUGGUAGUGGACAACCUGUGAAUGUGACGUUCCCCGUGGUACUGAUGGCAAGAUUCCUCCGCAUACUUCCACUCGCGUGGGCUGGAAAUUAUAAUUAUUAUCUGCGGUUCGAAGUGCUCGGAUGUCGAGACUUUAAAAGCGGCAUGAUCCGAUUAGUGGGUGGUGAUGACAAAUGGAGCGGCCAAGUGGAAAUCUACCGUCAUGAUGCUUGGGGUGCAGUCUGCGAUAGCAGUUGGGAUAUGAAGGACGCCACCACCGUUUGUCAUCAGCUCGGCUUCAUCGAGGCUCUGGAGGCUAAAACGGGGUUGUCCAGCCGAGAGAGUGACCGGCCGAUCGUGAUGAAUCGAGUCGCCUGUACUGGAACUGAACGGCGGCUGGCUGACUGUCCGUUUGUCUGUACCGGCUCUCAGCAAUGCAGCAGCUCAACUGUAGCAGGAGUCGUUUGUAAACCGAGACCUGAUGAUCUUCGGUUGGUCGGCGGAUCUCGCACCAGCGGCCGAGUGGAGAUAUACCGUGGCGGCAGCUGGGGCACCAUCUGUGAUUCCAAUUGGAACGAGACUGAUGCAGGGAUUGUCUGCCGCCAGCUCGGUUUCUCAGACGCACUGGAGGCCAAGUCCGCUGCCCACUUCGGGCAGGGUAGCGGACCCGUCCAUAUGGACGGCGUAGCGUGCGAAGGAUCCGAAGAGAAAAUUACCGACUGCCCUUCCUACUGCUGGGAGGAGACAAGUUGUAGCCACUCUCACGAUGCUGGAGUGAUCUGUAGUGACGGAAACACCGUAACAACCAACAAGUGACGAAAACUAAACCGCUCAAGCAACCAGGAAGGAUAGGACACCACACAUCAUCAUACACA